AACGCUUUCUGGAUAUGGAAAACAAAAUGCCAGAUUCGUUCUGACGGCGACAUCGCUGUUACUUAAAAAUCGUAAUCAUGAAGUUUCCUGCGACUGAAUGAAUGCAGUGUACAAUUUUACCUUUCCUAGCUAAUUAAUUAAAUCUAAGGAAAAAUGGUCGGACUGAUUGAAUUAUAGAUAGCAUGAUGCAUUUCUCUUAUAAAACCCCCCACCUCCCUGGCUUCUUCAUGAUUCCUAUGGUCCAACAAUCAAAUAAACAUGGAUUCAUUUCACAUUCUAAUGUACAUUUUGCUCAUCCUCUCCACGCUCCUCUAUCUGCUAAUAAGAAAGCAGAGCAACACUAACAAGAGUCUGCAACGGAAGCUUCCCCUGCCUCCGGGUUCCAUGGGCUGGCCCUACGUCGGCGAGACCUUCCAGCUCUAUUCUCAGGAUCCCAACGUCUUCUUCCCCUCCAGGCAGAAAAGGUAUGGCGAGAUUUUUAAGACGCAUUUGCUGGGGUGCCCGUGCGUUAUGCUGGCGAGUCCAGACGCGGCGAGGUUUGUACUUGUGAGCAAAGCUCAUCUUUUCAGGCCAACGUACCCGCGCAGCAAGGAGAGGGUGAUUGGGCGAUGGGCGAUUUUCUUUCACCAGGGUGGCUACCACGCCAUUGUCAGGAAGCUCGUGCAGAGUUCUCUCUCGCCGGAAUCUGUCCGCCGACUUGUGCCGCAUAUUGAUGUCAUCGCCGGCGCCAUGCUCCGCUGCUGGGAUGGUCGUGUGCUCAGCACCUUCCACGCUGUGAAAGAGAUGUCUUUUGACGUCGGCAUCCUCAUAAUCUUUGGCGACCAAUUGAGCGAGCAGAGGAAGAAUGAAAUCAAAAGAAAUUACUCCAUUGUUGACAAGGGCUAUAACUCUUUUGCCACCAACAUUCCCAGAACAGCUUACAGCAACGCCAUUAAGGCGAGGAAGAGACUUAAGGAGAUACUUAGAGAGAUAAUGGAAGAGAGAAGAGAAGAAAAGACAGCAGAGAAGGAUCAUCUGCUGUCAUGUUUUUUGGAGUGGAAGAACGACCAGGGAGAGCGGCUAAGCGACGAUCAGAUCUCCGAUAACAUAUUCGGUGUUCUUUAUGCAGCGCAGGAUACUACUGCAAGUGUCAUUACCUGGUUGAUCAAGUACCUUCAUGACGAUCCAAAGCUUCUGGACGCAGUAAAGAACGAACAGAUGGCAAUUUAUGAGUCGACUGGAUGUGGAAGCCAGCAAUUGACCUGGGCCCACACGAGGAAUAUGCCUUUUACUAAAAGAGUUAUAUCCGAGAGCUUGAGGAUGGCAAGCAUCAUUUCCUUCACUUAUAGGGAGGCCGUGACGGAUGUAGAGUAUAAGGGAUAUCUAAUUCCCAAGGGAUGGAAAGUGAUGCCUUUGUUCCGGAAUAUUCAUCACAACUCGAAAUAUUUUCCAGAACCACAGAGCUUCGAUCCUUGUAGAUUUAUGGCUUCUCCCAAGCCAAAUACCUUCUUGCCCUUCGGAAACGGGGUACAUUCAUGCCCGGGGAACGAGCUAGCCAGAAUUGAGAUGUUAGUCGUCAUCCACCACUUGGUAACCAAAUUUAGGUUUGAGGUGGUGGGAUCUCGAAGCGAGGUGGAGUACAGCCCAUUCCCCAUUCCGAGUCAGGGCCUCCAGGUCCGCCUUUGGAGCACCGAGCGCGCCACCGGCGUCGCCGAACAGAGACCCGCAAGUGUUUGACGAAAUGCCCAGUAUUGUGCCGUGCAUAAAAUUAUCGCAUGCACGUUUUAUAUUUUAUUUUUAUUUUCUUAACUUUUAGUUCGUAAGAUGAGAAUUCCUGCGCUUCAAUGGUUGUAAAAUGGAUGGAGAGGGCGGUAGAGAGGGUGUAAGACAUUAUCAGCUUUUCAUUUAUUGCAACUCUCUCGAGCAAGUAAUGAGAAUUAGUU